UUCCGCUGUUGAUCUGACUUCCGUGUUCGUUGUGGCUAACCGCACGCGGGUCGCGAAAUAAAUAUUCCCCAAUUAUUAUACCUCCUACUGAAACCUCGACGUAGAUCAUUAUAUCACUACCUUGCCGAAAUAAAACCACUCCCAUAAAAUCUACAUGAUCGUGUAAACUCGUCUCGAUGCACGUUGUUGAAGCUUUUUCUAGCUUAGCUUAGCUUGCUAACCGCUAACAAAGAGACUUGUUUGACAAGAACACAUCUUGUGAUAGGCACAGAUCAAGUGUGAGUGUGAAGUGUUGAGGUUAUCGUCAGAAAAUGUGUGCAAAAACUGUAAAGGAAGAGUGCGAGGAGGAACUUUUUUGGACAAAAGGAAAGGAGCCACAACGCAAACUAUUGGACGGCGUUUUCAACGAGCCUCAAGAUGUGUUACACAGAGCAGAGCUUAGUGAGCAGCAGGAGCCUGAGCCUCCUAAUUGUAAAGAGGAAAAUGAGCCAGAGCCACUCCACAUUAAAGAGGAAGAGUUGGAGACUGAUAUCACCAAGUUGCCAUUGACUGGCAUCUUUCUGAAGAGAGAAGAUGAGGAAGACGAUGGUCAAAGUGAGGUGAUGGGAGGGGCUGAGCCUCCAAGCAGCAGCUCAAGUCAACACGCCACAACAGAAGGUGUUGGGGACCACUCCGAAGGAUCACAAGUGGACAGCCGUUUAGCUCCACUAUCAGAUAGUGAUGACAUAUCAUCACCCUCUCCUGAAACUGAUGAUGGAUGCUCUAAAGGUGAUAUGACAGAUUACGCUGACAAAAAACACAGGCAAUGUUCUCAGUGUGACAAAACCUUUUUCAACAGGUCAUCAUUGAAAAGACACAUGAGAACGCACACUGGGGAGAAACCUUUCUCCUGCUCAGUGUGUGGUCUUAUAGUAAAUCAAAAAUGUAGUUUGACGACUCACAUGAGAACACACACUGGGGAAAGACCGUUUGCCUGCGCAUUUUGUGGCCAAAGAUUCUCUGAAAAGGGAAAUUUGAUAAAACACACAAGAACACACACUGGAGAGAAGCCUUUUACCUGUUCACUCUGUAGUAAAAGCUUUACUGAAAAGGCCAGUUUAAUAAGCCACACAAGAACGCACACUGGGGAGAAACCUUUUUCCUGUUCAUUUUGUGGUCAACGAUUCUCUGAAAAAGGGAACUUAAGAACACACACAAGAACGCACACUGGUGAGACACCAUUUGCUUGCUCAGUCUGUGGUCAAAGAUUUGCUUGGAAGGGACUUCUGAAUGCACAUAUAAGAACACACACUGGGGAGAAACCUUAUGCCUGCUCAGUUUGUGGUCAAAAAUUCUCCGCAAAGGGCAACUUAAGAAUACACACAAGAACACACACAGGUGAGAAACCUUUUGCUUGCACAGUUUGUGACCAAAAAUUCUCUGUGAAGGCAACAUUACGGACACACAUAAGGACACACACAGGUGAGAAACCUUUUCCCUGCACUGUUUGUGGCAAGAGUUUCUCUGUAAAGGGAAGUUUAGUAAGCCACACCAGGACACACACGGGCGAAAAACCUUUUGCCUGUUCAAUUUGUGGAAAGAUUUUCACUCAAAAGGUACAUUUAACAAGGCACACAAGGACACACACAGGAGAGAAACCUGUUAGCGGUUCAGUCUACAACUUAAGUGCAGGUACAAAAGAUCUUGGUCCUGAGCAGCACGAGUUGACUGCCGACAUUAAAAAGAAGGAAGUGCAGCCAGAGCCCUCCCACAUUAAGAAAGAAGAAGAAGAGGAUGUUAUCACUAAGAUCCCAUUGACUGUUGUCGCUGUUAAGAGUGAAGAUGACGACAAAGGGAGGAGAACCCAGGAGCUGACCGUCCAAGCAUCAGUCAACACAUGACAACGCAAGAUAGUGAGACCACCAUGCCUCUUGAGCUCCAGUAUCACCGAGUAAGGAUGACACAAUGUCACACUGAUGAUGAUGAACAAUCAAAAGGACAUAUGACAUAUCCCACCGUUGACAAACUGCAAGUGUACUCUUUGAUAGCACCAAAAAGACAUUUUCAUUGGCUCCACUCAGUUGUUUUGAUCUAUAAUUUUAAUUUUGAUGUAAUAUAUUUGGUAUUUUUAAUGUCAUUUUAACUUCUAUUUAAUGUAAACAGUUUCACUGAUUUUAUUAUGACAAAGUAAACUGAUCAUUAAACAAAUGUAAACUGUGAUUAAACUUACAAGUUUAAUUCAUUCCAUGAACAAGAUGGUAAAUAUAUUUCAAAAUCAAAUCAGUUUUUCAUAUUGAAAUUAAAAUGCCAUCAGUCUGUUCCAGAUGCCUCAGAAACGUGCUUUUAAUUAACACAAGUCACUGUAUUGUAGAUAAUCAAACAUCAUAGAACGAGGAAUAAAUUAAAACAGGUUUUCUAAAUUGUAAUUCAGCCAAAACCCGCACGUGCUGUACACACACAUUUAAUAUUUGUCUGUUGAUGCGUGCCUUUGUACAGAGAUCUACCGGAGUUUAAUUCCUUGUUUGGCAUGCUCAAACUUGGCCAAUAAAUGAUUGACUGAUUGAUUGAUUGAUUUAAGGGCCAUAGCCGAGUGAGUCAUUUCAAGCUGUAAAGUCAAUCGGGUUGGCCAUCAACCAUGUGGUUAGUUCAGUGUGAAUGUCUUAUUUUGUGUAUUUGACCAUUAGUCCCAUUCAAUAAACACCUCAAACGUG